AUGUUUGAUACAUAUGAAGAGAGAGCAGAUAACAAAUCGGGACACAAAAUGUAUCGAAAAAUACGCAAAAGAAAAAGAGAAUUAACUGUAGAUGAAAAAAGAGAAGGAGAAAUAAAUUUUGAAAUUCGAUAUUCUUUAAGGAUUAAUACUUAUUAUGCUAUUAUUGACAAACUACAUUCUGAACUAGAAAGAAGAAAUUUGUAUUAUGAUGAAGCUAAUAAAAAAUUUAACUUUUUGUUUCAAAUAAUAAAACUAUCACCAUUAGAAGCGUACAAGAAAACACAAAUACUUCAAAAUAUAUAUAAAAAUGAUUUUUCGUCUUUAUUUGCGAAUGAGUGUAUACAAUUCAGAAGUUAUUUAAUGAGUAUAACUGAAAACAUAAGACCUAAAACUAUAGUAGAUAUUUUUAUCAGAACUAAAAACCUUCCAGAACUGUUUCCUUAUGUAUACCUAUAUAGCAUUAAGGAUGUAUUUAUGCUGGUCAAAGUUCAAUUGUUCAGCCGGGAGAUCAUUUUCAGCAUCAAGGUUAAAUCUUAUUAA